AUGAAUCACAAAAGGGUCCGGCUGGAUAACAUGAUGCGCCCCAGGACCUUCAAAGGAUCGCUUCUCUGUUUGUCCUGCCUGUUCUUCCUGGUCCACCCCUUCAUCGUAGCACCGGCAAAUCUGCUCCCAGAUGUUGAACCCAACCGUCAUUAUGAUCUCAGAAUUUUAGCUGAGACGAUCCCGUCAAAUGAGAAAACACAACUGGGGGGUGUAAAGCCAAAAAACGCGGGGGAAUGUAGAACACAUAAGAACAGCAUGCAGGAAAGCAGGACACAGGUGCACCAAAUUCCACCGAGAAGCACACCUCAGCAGUCACAUCGAACACAGAGUGUAUGCGCAAAGGGCCCCAAAAAACCCUGCCAUGGUAUUCCAAAAAAUCGAUUGGGGAGCUACAAAACGAGCAGUCCAAAUUUGACAAGCCAAAUGAACAAAGAAAGUAAAAACAUAACACAAUCACAAAAAAAUAAUAACCCCAACAGUGGGAAACAUAUUCCUGAGAAAAGUAUGAAAAUGACAGAAGAAGAAGUCCUCACUAGGUUAAAUAAUUUAGACGGAACUGUCUCUAGGAAAGACAUGUACCUCCUCUGGUUUAACUUGCAUAAUAUCUGUGUUCGAAAUUUCUAUGCCAUGAUGUUGGAAGUGUGGAUGUAUGCAGUAUCUUUCGCAUCCCGCUAUAAGAUCUCAGAAGAAAAUUUGCAAGAACUUUGGAGGAGAGUCCAUGACAGACUCAUUGCUGAACUUCGCGAACAGGAUAAAAGUUGCGUAAACGACUUUUACAAUUUGUUUGACAAAGGAGCAUGCACAGCUGAUGUGUACAAAUCUUUCCUGGAGAGCAGAAAAAAAGCGUGGACCGAUGCUACCGACAGGAUGAGGUUUAAGUGACACAACUGCGUAGUGCUUUCUACAAAUGGCUACACAAUUUUUGUACCAACAAGUAAGAGGGGGUACCUCUCCUCGUCAAACACCAAGGUGGCGACCUUUCCACUUCUGUCAAAACUGCUAAACAGGAGGUCGUUGCCUAGAGGAUAUUCAACGAGAGUAAACCCUUUAUAUAAAUCAAUUUACUUCACCAUGGAAAACACAAGGAGGAAGUUCUUUUCGAACAGAUCUGCUACCCCUCAAAAGGUUUCUAUCUGCCCUCUGCUCAUCAUGCUCCUACUGCACCCAACGGAGAUUCUUCAUUCCCACGCAAAUGCAAAUUCUUACCUCGGAUUGAGCUGCUCGAAUGGAGAGAGAAGCUUCUCCAAGCCGGCACUUGCACAGCUGCAAGAAUUCGGAGAUGUGGGAAGAGAGGCACAAGCGGAGCUCACGGAAGAUUCCACAUACACACCUGUUCAUGUGCACCAGAUGCCGCGCGAGAUAGAAUACCUAACUCCUCCCAAAAGUAUGGACACCCCAAGCAGUACCAGCACGAACAACCAUAUUCCCAUCGAACCCAAAACAAUAAACCAAAGGCAUAUGAACUUCUCCACCUCGGACGACGCGUUUUUCCAAUUGAGACUCAAAAUUAACAACUAUAUAAAUGAAAAAAAACUUGGCCAAACGAAACACUAUAUGGGAAACGUUAAAACAAAGGAAAACGUUGUAAAAAACCUAAAGGUGUUCGAACGAGAACUAAAGGAACAAAUGAACAGCUUAUAUUUCUAUGUUAGCAAAAAAGACAUGUACCAAUUAUGGGUAAAUAUUUACGACAAAAGGAGACACGUAUACAUAGAUAUGAUAAAGACAUUGUGGGAGAAAUGUGUUCACAUAACAGAGAAGAAACAAAUUCCAGAGAAAUUUUUAUUUAAAGUUUGGUGGAAGGCCUACUCCGAUUUCGUGGACGAGCUGCAAAAUUAUGAUUCCCAAAAUUUGAGUUCCUUUUACGACCUGUAUAACAAAGAUCGCUGCUCCAGAUAUACCUUCAUGCAAUUCAUCAUGGAAAAUAAAAAAUCCUGGGAAGAAUUCACCAAAAGGAUGAAAAAUAAGUGGACGAAAGUAUUGCUCGAUGACUUAAGGGGCUACUCCAAGUAG